ACUGACGUUUGGCAAGUUGUCAAAAACAUGUGAGAGAUUAUUUCACAGCGAUGAAAGAGCAUUGAACGCACUCCACUGUUAAGAUUGUAUUAUCAGCACACUCAACUGAAAUUUGACAUCUGACUUGUCAUCGUUGGUUAUAUUAUUACAGAAAUUUUACAAGAAACUCAAUUUUUUGUCAGUCAUCAUCAUGUUUGUCACAUCUGUUGUUUAACUUGGAUUAGAAAAGUUUAGUUAUUAUUUAUAGAUUAAAUACGAUACGUUCAAUCGAUUUCUAGUUAAUUUUCGUUGAAAUUAGGUGAAUAUAAAUAAAUUUACGUGAAUUUAACGUUUCCAAUAAGAAAAAAAAAGAGUUGACAAAGUGAAAGUAUACAAACAAAAACAUGGAUCCAUCAAAUCCAUUUUGCAAUUUAUUUGGUAGCGAAACGGUGACGAAUGCACCGAGCGCACAGCCAGACCAAUCAACAAUUAAUGUGAUGGAUCAGAAAAUUAACGGCCUUAUCGAGCACAUAUUCUCGAUUACUAUAAAUCGAACGCCACAAAAGAAUAAGCAAUUAGUGUUUAUGGAAGACUUGGCAGAUGUUUACCCCACGACGACUUUGAUGAACAUGGAACUACUCGAACAAGCACUUUUCGAACGAUUGCUGCUCACUAAUCCACGUGAUUAUCUCAUUCCAAAUAAUACACAGAACGAUGAAACCAACGACAUUGCCGAAGAUAAAGUGAUUUUGUAUUUAUAUCGCGCGUAUGAACGUCUUUUGAAAUGGAGCCGAAACCAAAACGAAUCGUCACUGAGCGCAGAAUGUGAAACCAUCAAAUUGUUGAUUUUGAGAAAUGCAAGCACAGCACAGAAACAGCCAGAGCUGUAUGAAAAUCAACAACUCUCUGAGCAAUGGCUCACUUUGUUCCGCAACUAUCUCGAUGAAUUUGAAUGCAAAUGUGAAUUCUUGUCAAAGGUGGUCGCUGAUGUGGCCAGCGACAAUGAUCCCACGUACAUUGAAUCGCUUCGUGGAACAUUCAAUGAUGUGUUUGCCAAUUGUUUGCGUUCGGCCAAAAGUGCGUCGUUAAUUACGCUUGAAAAAUGGGUGCUGUACACAGUAAAAGCAUUUGUGAGCGAUAAAACAAAUGCAACACUUGCGCAACUUCUAUUGGAUUAUGCAACACCAAAGGCUCGUUUGCCUGGCGGAACAGUUGAUGGCAUUCAAUUCUCCGAAACGCUACUGGGAGCAUUGCUGUCUCUCUCUAUUCUGCCGAAAACCCACAACGGACCCUAUGAAUACUUUGACAAUAUGGCCGAUGCUCAGUCAAGCUCAUUGACGAAUUCACUUUGGAACUACUUAACCUUACACUUGGAUGAAAUACACACCAUCUUCAAAGGUUUCCUGUUGGUUGGUGGUGAAACGCGAAACCGUAUGCUUGAAUGGAUCGGGCUGUGCUUGCAUUCAAAUGUGGGACGUGGCCAAAUUUGGAACCAACACAAUCCAGCUGCUAUGUUGGGUGCAUCCAAAGUGGUUCCGGAUUCGUUUAUGAUUGGAUUAUGUGGUGUUUUACUACGAUUAUGCAAGCCAUUGUUACGGCCGAAAUUCAAGGUCCUUGAUGUUGAUCCCACAUACUUUGCUGUGGGCGAUGCCGACCGUCAAUCAAAAAGUGUACACAUGUACGACGUCGAGAAGGAAACGUGUUUGAUUACAAACCUAGAUGAGAAUCAACCGCGCAAAACGGCCGAUUCGUACAAUUUCGUAACCGAAGUAUUUUAUAUGACACACAAAGCGAUUGAUUUGGGCUAUCGCGUUUGCAUCGACAAGUUCAUUCAGAUGAAUCGUGAAAUGGCACGACUGCAGGACCUCUACCGAGAUGCAGCAACACAGGGCGGCUCGGAAGUGGCACAAAAUGUAAUGGACGCGCUGAAAACACACAUGCCAAAGUAUUUGUGUUUGCAGAAAUUGAUUAAUGAGCCCAAUAACGAUCAAUACUUGUUGCAAUUUUACGAGGCAACAUCACUGUGGCUGACGCUUUGUGCAUCAAGAAUUCCUGACCCCGAAAAUCCAAACAAAGAAAUCAAAGUGAACGAAGUGAAUUUGCCAAUUGAAACGCCAGCACCCCACAGCUUGGCAUCCAUCCCCGAAUUCAUUGUCGAAAAUAUUGUCGUGUAUUUGACGUUUAUUCAUCACUUUGAGCAGCAAGCCAUCGAUACUGAUCUGGAUACACAAAGAAGCAUCUUCACGGUUCUUCUGCUGUUCAUGGGUGACGUGAGCCGAGCUCGAAAUCCACAUUUGCGGGCCCGUUUGGCUGAAGGUUUAGCCAGUUUUUUGCCGAAAAAAUGCACUUCAUUCAGCUGUAGCUCGAAGUCACAUUUGUUCACACAACAUCCGCAUCGACUUGAAAUCGUACCCAAUCUGCUCAGCGUGUUUGUUGGCAUUGAAAUGACAGGUCAAAGCGUGCAAUUCGAAAUGAAAUUCAACUAUCGACGCCCGAUGUACGCAAUCAUGGAAUAUUUGUGGGAAAUCGAAGAGCAGCGACAACGUUUCCGUGAUUUGGCUUUGCAUGCUCUUGAGCAUAUGGAAGAUGUGAAUCCUCCGUUGUUCUUACGAUUUAUCAAUCUGUUGAUAAACGACGCCAUCUUCUUGCUCGAUGAGUCGCUGUCGAAUUUGCAACAGAUUCGUCAAUUGCAACAAGCGCAAGACCAUGGAGAAUGGGACAAUUUACCAGCUAACGAACGUGAACAAAAUCUGGCUAAUCUACAGCAUGUGGGCAACUUUGCGCGUAUUGAUAACAUUCUGGGUCGUGACACAAUCAACAUUCUAAAACUGCUCUCCUCAGAAGUACCCGAAAUAUUCUGCCAUCCAACGAUGGUCGAUCGUGUGGCUGCUAUGCUCAAUUAUUUCCUGUUGAAGUUGGUUGGACCAAACCAAGGCACUUUCAAUGUGAAAGACAAAAAAGAAUACGAAUUCGAUCCAGCUAGAACUGUGUUGGAAAUCUGUCGAAUUUACAUCAACUUGGAAAAAUUAGAUGGUUUUUGUUUGGCGGUUUCACAAGAUGGCCGUUCUUACUCGGCAAAGCUCUUUGAUUAUGCCCAAAAAGUUCUUGUUCGUAUCGGUGGUGGUCAGUUGGUAGGGGAAAUAUCUGAUUUUGCAACAAAGGUCAGUCAAAUGGAGCUAGAAGAGAAGGAAAAUCAAAAGGCACUAGAAGAUGCACCAGAAGAGUUCUUGGAUCCAAUCAUGAGUACGCUCAUGACGGAUCCGGUAAUUCUACCAAGUUCCCAUGUGACCGUCGAUAGAACAACGAUUGCCCGUCAUCUGUUAUCCGACCAAACGGAUCCAUUCAACCGUGAACCGCUAACUAUGGAUCAAGUGAAAACUGACGCUGAAUUGAAAGAAAAGAUAGACGCAUGGAUUCGCGAACGGAAAUCAAAUAAGACCAAUUAAUUGCUGUACAUUCAGCCAUACAAAACGCAAUAUUUCAAUGAAUUCGUAAAACAUUUCAACACCUCAGCGAGUGUGUUAAAUUUAAGUCAAUAAAAUUAAGAACAUUGAAUAAGCCAAUAAAAAGUUGGACGAAAAUGAAAA